AUGCGUGUCCUGGCAGCCUUUUUCAUCGUUGCGUGCUAUGCUUUCUCUACCCGUGCAAACUUAAUAGAGACCGCAGGUAAAGUCAGUCCCAAACGUCUCAUAGAACCUCAUCCCGUCACAGCUGCUGAGACGAAUUCGGCCCACUCAGAAAGAGUCUUAGCGUCCUACGAUGAGCGUUUGCAAAUCGAGACGACAUUGGGAGGUUUAAUGGAUGAAGAGAGAGGUGAGAUCCCAUGGAUGUCAAAGAUUUACGAUGCUAUCGGGAGAUUGGCUAUGAAAUUAAGGCUGAACCCGAAGCUUGUGUAUAUGCUUUCACGAGCUGGUGUGGAUCACGAUAAGAACGUACGAUUUGUUCGUUGGCUUAAGUACGUGAGCGAAUAUAGAGCAAGAAAAGGUGGAAUAUCCCAUUUUACGGAUAGCGCGAUUUACAACUUAGUGAAAAAGAAGAAGACGGAUGCGGAAGUGCUAAUGCUGUUCCAAUCGAUCCGCCAUAACCACAAAUUAUCAGCUGCAAAUGAUCUGGCCAGUCAAAUGUUGAUUCACGUAGCAGAAAUUCUUGCGAAGACUGAUUGGUUAGCAGCUCGAAAGAGCCCUCAAGAGGUGUUUCACAUCCUGGGCCUGGCAAGAGAGGACGAUGAUGACCACUUUCUUUUUGUUUGGUGGCUCAAUUACGUCAACUCGUACAAUAAAUUGGAAGGAAAUGUGAUCUUUACUGGCCAGAACUUGUAUGAUUUAUUGAGUGUCACGAAAUCCGAUACUGCUGUGGCGACACUGUCGGUCGCGCUUCAACAAACACCGGAGUUCACGAAAAUCGCAGAAGCUCUGCAGGAUAUUAUGGUCUCUAAACCUGCACUCAGGCAAAAGAUGUACGACGCAUGGUUACAAUUUGCUGUAAGCCCGUAUCAAGUCUAUAUCACGCUACGCCUGAAUGAAAAGUCUCAUUUCAGUGAAGCCUUGCUUACCGAGUGGUUUCAUUACAUCAAGCUGUUUUGGAGCGGUCCGGAAGGUAAUGCUAGGCAAUCCGAGUUUCAUUCCACUGACUGUAUUGAUUUAUUGAGAAGUACGCACUCGGAUCAAGAUUUGUGGGUAAUAUUAUACUCAAUUAGUCAAGACCCGGACAUGACGAAAUUUACCGAAGCAAUGCUGAUGCACCUACAAGUCAAUGAGCAUUUGCCUGCUGGUAGAGUGAGCCCCACAGAAUUUUUCAAUGCUCUUAAACUCGAUUCUGUGGAUGAUGCUGACAACAGCAAGCUGUACCUGUUGCUCACUUACGUAAAUGAUUACAGGGCUAUCGCAAACGGUAAAAACGUCGAAUUUACAGACGAAGAUCUGUAUGAUUUGCUGCAGAAGCUUAAGUCGCCUGUAGAUUUAUUCAACCCAGUCGAACGGUUACAACAAGUCCCGGACAUAAUGGCCCUCAUCAAACGUAUGCAAAUUUAUAUGGUCACCCAAUCCAACACCAGGCAGAAGGUGUAUGAAGCUUUGCUGAGAUCUUCGACAACUCCGGAGCAAGCUCUUGAGAUUUUUCGUUCGAGGGAAGGCCGCUAUGACUACUUGUAUGGUGAGUGGCUUGGUUACCUCGAUUUUUACUGGAGUGGUCCAGAAGCGGGAGCUAGAUACAGUGUUUUUGGCUACGACGAUUGUAUUGCUAUGUUACGAAGUAAAGUGGGAUCGGAUGAUGCCGUAAACGAGCUGCUUGAAUCAAUUAAGGAGAGACCAGACAUGAAUGAAAUAGCAGAUGGCUUGUUGGAGUACUUGAAAAUUACCCGGCACAACAAAUCUCUGCUAGAUAGUCAUUGGAUCCCUGAAGACCUUUUAAGUUUUGAAGCGGAGGACGGUCUUGACUAUAAAAAGCUUCGCGAAUGGCUCGUCUAUGUGGACAUGUUCAGGAAUUUGGAUGGCGAUACCAUAAGCGAUGAAGAUAUUCUUCAAAUAUUGAGGCGGCAAGGUUUAUUUGACGCUGAUGUGUUAGAUUUGAUUACAUGGCUUCAACGUUUCCCAUAUACGAAGGAGAUCGCCGAAAGGAUUAAAAAACUCAUUUCUUGA